UCCAAGGGCGGGCCCAGCCAAACGCUUUUUCCCUGCCAUGAAACUAAGAUAAGAGAACACACAACAAACUAAAAGCCUCCAAAAUGAGUUGCUCAAUCAGCUUCCAUAUCCCCAAGGCUUUGCCUUCUCUAGGCCUUCCUCAGCGCAGAAAUCCUCUCUCCGUUACUUCUAAACACUCCCAUUCCUGCACCGCCAAGCUUAAUCAAGAGACAAUGGCAAGCAUAAUUCAAAAGCCAGUUGAGUAUUUUCACAUGAAGAAAUCUAGUUUGGCUGUUCAAAUUGGAGCUGUUUUGGCCAUUCAGGUUGAGCAGCCUGCCUUUGCUGUAACUGGAGUUAAUAAUGAGCAAGAUCUUACAUGGACUCUAAUACAAUUGGGAGUUGUUGCCUUUUUCUACUUCCUUGUUAUGCCACCAAUCAUUAUGAACUGGCUUAGGAUAAGAUGGUAUAAAAGGAAUCUCUUAGAGACAUAUUUCCAAUUCAUGUUUGUCUUCAUCUUCUUUGCUGGUGUGCUUCUUUGGGCACCAUUUCUGAACUUCAGGAAAUUCCCCCGGGAUCCGUCCAUGAAGUAUCCUUGGUCUAAGCCAGAAGAUCCUUCAAAAAUUAAAAAUGCGUAUCUGAAAUACCCAUUUGCCGAACCUGAAGAUUACUCAUGAAAAAACUUUAAAAUGCAGAACGACCAAACAGUCUAGAGCUUGGAAUGUGCGUGCCUGUAUCGAUGGCUAAAGCCCCUGAUUAUCAUACAUAUUCUCCAACCCCAUAUUCCCCAAACAAAAAGCAUUGUAAAUUUUUAUUAUCAUAAUAGUGUUAUUCCUUAAAUAACACAUUACGUCA